UUCACGGCAGCCGUGACAUUACAGAAACUAAAACAAAAUAUAUAUAACAAAGCAACCAAAUUUAGGCCCCCUAAGAUCGGGGCAAUAAAAUUCCAUUUAAAAAUCGGGGUGUGAAUUUGAACACUAUGUUCCACUUUAGCGGUUUCAAUAUGAUGUUCCCAGAGGGACGUAACUUUACGGCCGCUUACAAAUGCUUCUCCGUGUCUAUGUUGCCCGGAAACGAGCGCUCCGAUGUGGAAAAGGGGGGCAAAAUUAUUAUGCCAAAUUCGGCGCUGGACACUCUCACUCGCUUGAACGUGGAAUACCCGAUGCUGUUCAAGCUUAUCAAUGGCAAGAAAUCCCGAUCCUCACACGCCGGUGUCCUGGAGUUCGUUGCCGACGAGGGAAAGUGCUAUCUGCCCUACUGGAUGAUGGACAAUCUUCUGCUAGAAGAGGGCGACAUUCUGAAUAUCGAGAGCGUCUCGCUGCCGGUGGCCACGUUCUCCAAAUUCCAGCCUCACAGCACCGACUUCCUGGACAUCACCAAUCCGAAAGCCGUGCUGGAGAACGCCCUACGCAACUUCGCCUGCCUCACUAAGGGCGACGUUAUUGCCAUCAAGUACAACAAAAAGGUCUACGAACUGUGCGUCCUGGAGACGAAGCCUGGCAAUGCCGUCAGCAUCAUCGAAUGCGACAUGAAUGUGGAGUUCGAGGCACCGGUUGGUUACAAGGAACAGUCAGAGUCUCAGGCAUCGGGUUCAGGGCAGCAGGGCGCCGGCGCUGGAGCAGCCGGUGGUGAGCUGGCCGGGGCAGCUAAUGCCGUUCUGGAGGAAGUAGUGGAGACUUUUAAGGGUUCCGGCGUGCGUCUGGAUGGCAAGAAGAAAAAGGAGAGUCAGCUAGAGACCCCGGUGCUAAAGAAAGUCUUGCCUCGCGGCGUCCCCGACUAUGAUUUCCAGUUCGGUUUAAUCCGAUUUGAUCGCAACAUUCGGCCCAUUAGCGACAGAGGGAACGAUAAGGCUGGUGGAUCUGGGAACGCCGAUGGAGACGAUGGUGAAAGCUUCCAGGGCACCGGCUUUUCCAUGAAGAAAACGCGCAAAUAGCUCUAGUUCUAGCCGUAUAAUGUGUGACACAUAGAAAUUAAAAUAGAGCCUCCUGAUCACAGGGGCAGAGUUA